GGUGGAACCUGAUCUUGGUGCUGGCCAGGAAAUAAUAAAUAGACGCUUGAAAAGUCGUUGUUGAUGUCUAAACGAGAGCACAGAACGACACAACCCCGAGCCCAUCUCAUCUAAUCUUCCAAGUACACCCAGCUCCUCAGUACAGUAGAUCCUAGUCUAGUCCUGACACCAUGCAACUCCUCGCUUGGGCCUCUCUCCUCCCCCUCGCCCUUGCGGCGCCCGUGUUCCAGCCCCGGGCCGCCCAGCUCAUCCCGGGAAGCUACAUCAUCAAGCUCAAAGACGGCUCGUCCAACGCCGCCCUGGAGAACACCCUCAAGCAUCUCAAGUCGACCAAGACGGACCACGUCUACCGCGCCGGCCGGUUCAAGGGCUUCGCGGCAAAGCUGAGCCCGGCUGUCCUGGAUACCGUGAGCAGGUUGCCCGAGGUUGAAUACAUCGAGCAAGACGCCAUCGUCCGCGCCAACGAUUUCGUGACCCAAGCCGGCGUCCCCUGGGGUCUUGCACGCAUCUCGCACCGCACGACGGGCGCAACGUCGUACGUCUACGACGACAGCGCCGGCGAGGGGACCUGCGCGUAUGUCAUUGACACAGGCAUCUACGUGAACCACACCCAAUUCGAAAACCGCGCGCAAUGGCUCGCCAACUUCGCCGACAGCGACAACCGCGACGGGCACGGCCACGGCACGCACGUCGCGGGGACCAUCGGCGGGGUGGACUACGGCGUGGCGAAGAAGACCAAACUCUUCGCGGUCAAAGUCCUGCGCGCCAACGGGUCGGGCACACUCUCCGGUGUCAUCGCGGGGAUUGACUUUGUCGCCGCCGACGCCGCCGCGCGGGCUUCGACCGACUGUCCCAAGGGGAGUGUGGCGAAUCUGAGUCUGGGGUCUUCAAGAUCUACCGCUGUGAACGCGGCUGCUGCCGCGGCGGUUAGGGCGGGGGUGUUUCUCAGUGUGGCGGCCGGGAAUGAUGACGAUGAUACGCAGUUUUAUUCGCCUAGUUCCGAGCCGACCGUGUGUACCGUUGGUGCGACGGAUGUGGACGAUGUCAGGGCGUGGUUUUCGAAUUAUGGUGCGGGCGUGGAUAUCUUUGCGCCCGGGGUGGAGGUGUUGAGUAGUUGGAUUGGGUCGACGACUGCUACGAAUACCAUCUCGGGCACCUCGAUGGCCGCCCCUCACAUUGCUGGCCUCGGUGCCUACUACCUUGCCCUCGAGGGCCCCAAGACGCCCGGCGAGCUGUGCGAGUACCUCAAGGCUGUCGCCACUCUGGGUACCAUUACCGACCUUCCCGCCGGGACGUUUAACGGGAUCGGGUUUAAUGGC